AUGGCGACUCCCUCCCGCCUCCGCCUCCGCCUCCGCCUCCUCCUCCUCCCCGUCCUUGUCCUCCUCGCCGCGUCGGCCGGGGCCGCCGCGGCCGCCACCGUGAGCGACGACGUGCUGGCGCUGGUCGUCCUCAAGUCGGGCCUCUCCGACCCGGCGGGCCGCCUCGCGCCCUGGUCCGAGGACGCCGACCACGCCUGCGCCUGGCCGGGGGUCUCCUGCGACCCGCGCACGGGCCGCGUCGCCGCGCUCGACCUCCCCGCCGCGUCGCUCGCGGGGCGCCUCCCGCGGUCCGCGCUGCUCCGCCUCGACGCGCUCGUCUCGCUCGCUCUCCCGGGGAACCGCCUCUCCGGCACGCUCCCCGACGCGCUGCCUCCUCGCCUCCGCGCCCUCGACCUCUCGGGCAACGCGAUCUCGGGCGGCAUCCCCGCGUCGCUCGCGUCCUGCGACUCGCUCGUGUCGCUCAACCUCUCCCGCAACCGGCUCACCGGCCCGGUCCCCGAUGGCAUCUGGUCGCUGCCGUCGCUCAGGUCGGUGGACCUCUCCGGGAACCUGCUCUCCGGGAGCGUGCCCGGCGGGUUCCCGCGGAGCAGCUCGCUGCGUGUGGUGGACCUCAGCCGCAACCUCCUCGAAGGGGAGAUACCGGCGGACGUCGGUGAAGCUGGGCUGCUCAAGUCUCUUGACCUCGGGUACAACUCGUUCACCGGCGGCCUGCCCGAGUCGCUGCGCGGUCUGUCCGGGCUGAGUUUUCUCGGCGCUGUUGGCAAUGGCCUAUCAGGGAAGCUCCAGGCGUGGAUUGGGGAGAUGGCGGCGCUGGAGAGACUGGAUUUGUCUGGCAACCACUUCGUCGGCACCAUCCCGGACGCCAUUUCGGGCUGCAAGAACCUGGUCGAGGUCGACCUCAGCCGGAACGCGCUCACUGGGGAGCUCCCAUGGUGGGUGUUUGGGCUACCACUGCAGCGCGUCUCCGUCGCUGGAAAUGCACUGUCAGGGUGGGUCAAGGUUCCCGGUGAUGCUGCUGCGACCCUGGAAGCACUGGACCUCUCAGACAAUGCUUUCACCGGUGCGAUCCCGCCUGAGAUUACCACCCUUGCGAGAUUGCAGUACCUGAAUUUGUCCUCGAAUUCCAUGUCGGGGCAGCUUCCUGCAAGCAUUGGGCUGGUGCUUGAGGUGUUGGAUGUGAGUGCAAACAAGUUCGACGGGGUUGUACCACCGGAGAUUGGAGGUGCGGUGGGGCUCCAACAGCUGCUGAUGGGGAGGAAUUCACUUACUGGAGGCAUUCCUGUGCAGAUCGGCACAUGCAAAUCCCUGAUUGCUUUGGAUCUAUCACACAACAAACUUGCAGGACCAAUUCCUAUGUCCAUGGGUAACCUUACUAGUCUUCAAACAGUUGAUCUCUCAGAUAACUUGCUGAACGGCACCUUGCCGAUGGAGCUCUCUAAACUUGACAGCCUGCGUUUCUUCAAUGUCUCUCACAAUUCACUGUCAGGGAGCCUCCCCAACAGCCGCUUCUUUGACAGCAUCCCUUAUUCUUUCAUCUCCGACAAUGACGGCCUUUGCAGUUCACAGAAGAACAGUUCCUGCAACGGUGUCAUGCCAAAGCCAAUUGUUUUCAACCCUAACUCCUCAUCAGACCCCUGGUUGGAUGUUGCCCCAAGUUCCCCAAGGAACCAGCACCAGAAGAAGAUGAUAUUGAGCAUCUCCACACUCAUCGCCAUUGUGGGUGGAGCAGUUAUUCUUAUCGGUGUGGUCACUAUAACAGUGCUCAACUGCCGUGCCCGUGCAACAGUAUCCCGCUCGGCACUUCCCGCUGCAUUGUCAGAUGAUUAUCAUAGCCAAUCAGCUGAAUCUCCUGAAAAUGAGGCCAAGUCUGGGAAGCUCGUCAUGUUUGGCAGAGGCAGCUCGGAUUUCAGUGCUGAUGGGCAUGCAUUGCUGAAUAAGGAUUGUGAACUUGGGCGUGGAGGCUUUGGUACUGUUUACAGGGCAGUGCUCAGAGAUGGCCAGCCAGUGGCCAUCAAGAAGCUGACAGUUUCAAGUAUGGUCAAGUCAGAGGAUGACUUCAAGCAGCACGUCAAGCUUCUAGGCAAGGUGUGUCACCAUAACAUUGUCACGCUCAAAGGCUUCUACUGGACUUCCUCACUGCAGCUCCUUAUAUAUGAAUUCAUGCCUGCUGGGAGCUUGCAUCAGCACCUGCACGAGUGCUCAUAUGAGAGCUCGCUUUCAUGGAUGGAGAGGUUUGACAUAGUCAUUGGUGUGGCCAGGGCACUUGUGCACUUGCAUCGCUACGGUAUAAUCCAUUACAAUCUGAAGUCCAGCAAUGUCUUGCUAGACACAAAUGGUGAGCCCAGGGUUGGUGACUAUGGUCUUGUGAACCUGCUGCCGAUGUUGGAUCGCUAUGUGCUCAGCAGUAAGAUCCAGAGCGUGCUGGGAUACAUGGCACCUGAGUUCACUUGCAGGACGGUCAAGGUCACAGAGAAGUGCGACAUAUACAGCUUUGGAGUGUUCGUCCUUGAGAUUUUGACAGGCAGAAGGCCCGUGGAGUACUUGGAAGACGAUGUCAUUGUGCUUUCUGAUCUGGUCAGAGGUGCGCUUGAUGAUGACAGGCUGGAGGACUGCAUGGAUCCACGACUAUCAGGUGAAUUUUCGAUGGAGGAGGCCACACUGAUCAUCAAGCUGGGGCUGGUUUGUGCAUCUCAGGUGCCUUCUCAACGACCAGACAUGUCUGAGGUUGUCAGCAUGCUUGAGAUGGUGAGGAGUCCUAAGGGUACCCCAGAAGAUGAUCUGGUUUGA